CUAAAACAAAGGUUCCGGGUUAUAUCGGUGUGUUUCGGUAGGUCAUGUAAUUCUGUCAGCACUUUGUAGCUGCUGCCAGUUUUCGGGUUAAACUUCGAGUUAAACUGAUACCGAUUAAACUCACAAACAAGAUGAAGUUGCCACGACCUGUGAAGGCAUCCUCAGUACCUGCAAGGGUGUUGAGCUUUGUCCCCGCCUGCAGCGCUACUGAUGCACACUCCCUGGAGCUGCUGCAAGAGUUCGUGUCCCGAGCCAAACGACUGUUUGUGAUCAGUGGCGCAGGACUCUCCACCGAGUCCGGGAUCCCCGAUUACCGCUCAGAGGGUGUCGGGCUGUACGCUCGCACUGACAGGCGACCCAUGCAGCACGCAGAGUUUGUCCGCAGCGCAAAGUCCCGUCAGCGCUACUGGGCCAGAAACUUUGUCGGGUGGCCGCGGUUCUCCUCCCAUCAGCCAAACUCUGCACACAAGGCUCUGCAGCGGUGGGAGGAGGGCGGCAAGCUCGGCUGGCUGGUUACGCAGAACGUGGAUGCUCUCCAUUCAAAGGCAGGACAGAAAGGACUGACUGAGCUCCACGGCUGUGCCCACAGGGUGAUGUGUCUCGGCUGUGGUGCCAUCUCAGCGAGGGAGGAGCUCCAGACGCGAUUUGUAGCACUAAACCCGGACUGGACAGCUCAGGCUGGCGCUGUGGCUCCGGACGGUGAUGUUUUCAUAGAGGACGAGCAGGUCCUCCAUUUCAGAGUUCCCUCCUGUGAGGACUGCGGAGGGAUACUGAAGCCUGAUGUCACAUUUUUUGGAGACACCGUGAACAAGGCGACAGUACAGUUUGUGCACGACAGACUGACAGAAUCCGAUGCGGUGCUGGUAGUGGGGUCUUCGUUACAGGUAUAUUCAGGAUACAGGUUUUUACUGGCAGCUAGUGACAGGAAAAUGCCGGUCGCCAUCCUGAACAUUGGGCCCACGAGAGCCGAUCACCUGGCCGAGCUGAAGGUGAGCGGCCGCUGUGGUGAAGUGCUGUCAGUCAUUCAACCUCUCUGAGUGUCAUGGACAUGCUGUGUGAAUAUUCUGCAUUAAGCUGGUCAAAACGCCGGUCAGAACUACCUCAAAUUCAAACAGGUAAACAACACUCUUCGGGAUGGCUGCCUCAGCUGUUUGGCACUUCUGGAGCAUCUACACCUCUGUGCCAGGAGAAUUAGCUGCUAACACCUGGCAUUUCUAUUUAUCUAUUUUAUGCAAAACUGCAUGUUAAACUUGUUAAUUGACUUACGUAGAGUUAAGUGUGCCUGUCUUGGAAAUUCAGAUUGGUAUCAGGGGAUCAGUAAAGAUGAACUACAAGAAUGCUUUUGAGUGCAAACUGUUAAAAAUCAUGUAUCAGGUAAGACACUUUAGAGAAGUUUUGAAAAUAAUAUAUUGCAAUCAGCUGGUUUCUAAAGGCUGUGAUUAUUUGUGUUAGCCUGGAGCGGUUUGCUCUCAUGUCUUCAUAUGAUGGUGCUGAGAUUGUUUAACUGCAUGUCAGAGGCUGGAGACAAAAACAUGUUAUAUUAAACAGAAUUAAACUGUAUGUAUACUCUCAGGGCAUGAGAGCGCUUUAUACAGAACCUCGUCAAGAUGGACGUCGUUAGUCUCAAACCCCGCAGCAUGUUCGCCAGUAAGGUUUCGCAACUUCAGCAGUUGUACUUUUAACCAAUGAUUAGAUUCUGACACAUCGUCACCAUUUGUCAGUAUGAGAUCAACUGAACACAACUGGUGAUAAUAUGAUAGAUUGGUCCCCUGACACCACACAUCACUAGUUCACAUCAGACUGGUGCAUUGUGCACUGUAUUGUUGGAGAGAAUACAGCUGUAGUUUUGACUUAAACUGGCAUAACAAAUGCAAAGUGGGUAUUGUUAAUAUUAAUUACACUUGUUCUUUAAUUACCAUGAAGGCCUAUUAUUUCUGUACAUCACAGAUAUUUUAUCUAAGGGUUGGCCUAAAGAUUAAGUCUACUAAAUACACAUCGCAAAUAUAAUGUAAGCUUACAUCUAAUUUAUCACUUAUGUAGGUAAAUCAAAGCACUCAGGUUGAUUUUGUGAAUCUUACUGAUCUAAUAUUCAGUUAUGUAUUUGUGCUGGACUCCAAGUUUUCAACCAUUUUUGAACUUAAGUUUUGUUCUCUGAUUAAAUAUAAUUUACAUCAGAUUCAAGCAUUCUGCUAAGUGUAUGAUCAGUUUCUCCUCAGACAGUUAAGUCUGAAACUUUAGAUAGAUUUUGGGGAAAAAAAUGGGGCUGUAAUCAUCAUUCUCAUAUUCAUACUCGUAUUUUAU